UGAUACAGAUUUAACCAAGGAAGGCGUGGUAGUUGUAGCUGCGACAGUGUCGAUAACGUUGAUACGGAUUUUAUCAAGGAAGACGUGGUAGUUGUAGCUGUCACAGUAUCGAUUACGUUCAUACGAAUUUAACCAAGAGCGACGUAGUAGUUAUAGCUGCGACAGUGUCGAUAACGUUCAUACGGAUUUAACCAAGGAAGGCGUGGUAGUUGUAGCUGCGACAGUGUCGAUGACGUUGAUACGGAUGAAACCAAGAAAGGCGUAGUAGUUGUAGCUGUGACAGUAUCAUUAACACGUUGAUACGGGAGAAAAUAAGAAAGGCGUAGUAGUUGUAGCUGUUUUUGGUUUUGAGUGGAAAAUAAUGUUUUUUUAACCAGGCCAGUUGUUGUUUGGAGAUUGUACGAUGAUUGGCGAUGGUAAGGUGAUGUCGUCGCUAGGCCCGAGAGAGCGCCUUUCAAAGGACAGCCCGUACUACAAGGCGACGGACUUUCGACAGUUGCAGAUCAUAAAACGGCGAAAGGAGGCAGCGGAGAAGGCACGUGAGCGACGUGAGCGACUACAGCAGCUGGCGGAGGUGAAGACGAUCUCCAGGUCGACGGUUACCAUCGACACGUCUAAAGCGAAAUCUAACAGCGAGGUCGUCAGGGUGUGUAGCGAGGAUCUGGGAUGGAAAGAGUUACCGUUCGGUGGCAGGAAAGAUAAUUGUGAUGUCCAUUGGCACGCGGUUAGCUUUCAGGAUAACCCAGAUAUAUACCGAGGGAAGGUGAAUAAAUUCCCAGGAGCUGGUCAGAUCUUCAACAAAGUGAAUCUCUUUCGUUGUCUGGACUUCAUGAAGACUUUGUUCCCAAACGAAUACAAUUUCUACCCAAGAACUUGGUUCCUUCCUUACCAAUACACGGAAUUCGCGGCCGAGGCGAGGCGGUUAGCGGAGAAAAAAUCCCGACCCAAGCCCACCUACAUCGUGAAACCAAGCGAGGGAUCGCAGGGGGAGGGGAUCUAUCUGUUGCGUGACCCUCAAAACUACAACUACAAUGGGCGCAGCCACGUGGUUCAGGAGUACCUCACGAACGUGUUUCUUAUAGACGGAUACAAAUUCGACCUGCGCAUCUACGUUGUUGUCACUAGACUGGAACCGGUGGAGUUCUACAUCUGCAACGAGGGUCUGGCACGGUUCUCGACGCUACCCUACGAGAACCCGACCAACAAGAAUCUGCAGGAGACCUUCAUGCACCUGACGAAUUACUCCCUGAACAAGAAGAGCAGCCACUUCAUCAAGUCCGAAAAAGACGACGAGGGGAGCAAGAGGAAACUGACGAGCGUGCUGAAGGCCCUGGACCGGAUGGGUCAUGAUUCCGGGACGCUGUGGGAGUCCAUAGAGAGGAUCGUGUCCAAGACGCUCAUCGCAGUUCUCAGCGAGCUGAAAAUUGAACGACAGGCAGCGCUGCAUGGGAAGGAUGCCGUGACGUGUUUUCAGAUAUUUGGAUUCGACAUCAUCUUGCUGAAGAAUCUGAAGCCGUACUUGCUGGAGGUGAACGCCAACCCCAGCAUGAGUAUCGUGGGUGAGCAGGAGGUGAGUCCGGGCGUCACCCAGACCGUGCCCAGCAUCAAGGACGAGGAGGUCAAGUACCCGCUCAUCAGGGACACGCUGCUGCUGAUAGCUCCAAAACACAAGUAUACACGCAGAAAUCGUGAAGGACGACGACACGACGGGCGACCCAAACCUCGACUGCGGGGCCAGGAUAACCGCAUCAACCUGGCCGACUUCGACAAACCCAUGCAGACGCCCAACGCGCUCAUCAUCAGGAGCGAGUCGUGCGAGGAAUCCCCGAGCUCCAAGGACGAGCACGAAUUCACAACGACGGAGACCGACGUCGAUGGUAACGAGAAUGGCGGCACGGACAGCGACAGCAGCCGCGACGACACGGAGCAGGGCACGGACGAGCAGGGCACGGACGAGCAGGUAGAGGAGGAUGAGGAGGAGUCGUGUCUGAAGAAAAUAUUCCCAGAUAUCUACGGGGAGGAGUACAAGAGAUUCCGUCUCAUAGAGAAGCUGGCCUCGAUGUUCCUGACCGCUCUGGGACUGCGAGGAAUUCAGCGGCUUGGUCCAACAGGAUUCAGAACGUUCUCAAGAAAAUGUCGGCUGAACAGAAAAGGUAUGACCAAUGCCGCCAUUGACAUUCUGUAUAUCGACAUGCAGAGAAAGUGGGACCACAUGAAUCCUGACAGAUCAUCAGGUUUGGGUUUUCAUGGGUUCUUGGACGCAUGUUUCGAGAUCGCCAGGAGGAAGUUCUAUUCCCCAGAUCGUUUGGAAAUGUUUGAAUCCUUUAUCGACUACUGCGAAUCGAAUCUGUGCCAGAGACUGAAGGAGGAGGACAUCAAGCGAAAACCGGUGGCCGUGAGAACAGCGCACAAACUCCCCAGACGCACGGUGCAUCUGUUUCCGCGGACUACGGUUACCUCCCUUGAAGAGGAGACCGUGCACAAUCUGUUCAACCACUCCAUGUUCAGGAAACUGCCAACGUUCGUCAGUCCUUACGACAUCAACCAGUUCAUCGCAGUAAAACGGACCGAGACGUACAGACCUCGCUCGCUGAAGCGAUUGCUCAGAACUAACAAUGGCCGCGAAUAAUAUCCAGGUGUAUUUGGAUGAUACUGUGUAUCAUAAAAUGACACACAUUUAUUCAUAUUGGCGCAUGGUGGAUAUUUCAUAAAGUGGAUGUGGCAGAUAAAAGUUUACUCCAGAAGCAGAUGAAGCUCCAUUUUCGGUUCUGUUCGAUUGCCAUUAUGGAAAUGGUUAAAAUGUCAGCCUGACUUAUGCUCACACUGUCGCUCUAACUCCACCUUUCAUGUCUUUGACUUUAACAUGUUAGGACAGUACUUAGUGGAUAUAAAUUCCCAGAUGAAACUUCGCUUUAGUCAACUAGGAAAAAAACCCCUAAAAAUUCAACUUUGCUUACACAUGCAUAUUAUAAUUUGAUGUGCAAAAUCUCACCUGUUUUCAUAUAGUUUACGUUUUGAUGAGAGUAAGAGAAACACAUUUCAGAUGAAAUGAGUCAUCCGCCACCAGUUUUCGAUAAGCCUAUAUUUUACUCGUUUUGUUACUAUUUUUUGGCACCAUGCAUUCUGGUCUAAUCUGGAUCCGCCACUAAUAAUGGUAUUAAGUUCGGGAGCCUUCGACGUCAUCAUAUAGCAAUGCACGUUAUUGUAAAGGAAAGGUCAUCCCCAGUAUAGCUACGUAAGUUCUUCAUGUUGAAGAUAAUUACUGAAGCGAAGUCGUUGCAUUAUCAUGGAUCAGCCCAAAUCCGUCUCCAAGUCGUGUAUAUAAUUGAAACAGAAUUGACAGGAUCGGAUACAGGAUUUGUCUAGGGAGGGAUUUGCAAUGUUCAAAAAUUGCAUCUCCUGUAUUCAGGGAGGAAUGCAGUGUUAAAAAACGGUGCCCACAGUAUUCAAAAGUAAAGUAACAUGCAUUAUCUGUAUACUAAUAUUUCACAGUAAUAUCAAGCUGAAACAAUAAAGGCACAGUGUUCAUCUACUCAACACUGGAUUUUCUUCGGGGCAGUUCGAAUUACGAGAGAGCGUGCUCGCUCAUGCACUCUCCCCUUGGACCAGCACCUUCUAAUAUACAAGUACGUUUUGUGUCUGACGUUAUUAGCACAGUUGUAUUCGAUUGACUGACGAUCGAUAGAUCUCUACCACCAGUGCUUUUAACUCAUUUAAACUCUAGUUCGAAUGUCUUCAUGAAGUCUGAAGACUUUGCUAGACUCUCGAGUCUGCAUUAAAGUUUCAAGGGCCCUGGAGACUGGUGGCCAACUACGCAAUGUUUUGUAGCAUACACAGCUGAACAGUAUACGCAGCUUGUAAAGAAGAUAUUCAUCAUGCUAUAUAAAGAGAACAUGAACGAAGGUAUACGUUUAAACAUGUAUACAAACAAAAGAAACAAGAC